CCCAAAAUAACAAUUUCCACAAUAAAUAACGAACUAUUUUUGCCAAUUCGAAUUGCUUGUUGGUAAUUUAGAAAAUAAAAGAAUGGUCGAGCUAUGACCCGGGCUUUAAGUAAAUAUUGACCCAAAAUAUUUAUAUAUUCUUUUUGAGUAGGUUCAGAGGCGUUGUGAACGCACGUGACUAUGGUGAAGCGGCGCGGUGGUGUAAGGAUCUGUGCAGCAGAGGAGCGGCCCGGGCCGGCACUGACACCCGCCUCCCGAUCACACACCGCCCUGCUACCAGUGAUGUGUCCGUGACGUCACGGUGAUGUCACAUCUUCCUGAUGGCCACCUAGCCAAUGGGGAGGCGCAAGUCAGGAGGCGAUGAUGACGUCACGGUGCUCGUGCGGGCUCGGCGACUCCCCGGCUCGCUCAGUUACCCACAAUCCCCCGUCCCGCCAGUCCAUGUCGCCGCCCCGACCAGUCACCACCGCUGCGCCGACGUGACCACACGCGCGGCCUCAUGCAGCGCUCCAUAGAAGAAAUUAAACGAAGAUUGUUGACGUGCACAGAUCAAGAUUAUAAUGUCACAGAUAUGGCAGCAUGCCUGGACCUCAUCAGCAAGCUGGAAAGAACACCUAUUACAAAGGAGGUCCUUGAGUCCACCCGACUAGGAAGACACAUCAACAAUAUCCGUCGUAAGACAGACCACCAGGAGCUUUAUCGACGUUCCAAGGAUCUUGUGCGCAAGUGGCGUAAGGAAGUUCUGGCAGAUGGGGUGAAUGGGGCAGCUGGAUCAGGACCUGGACCUGGCGGGACGGGGUCUGGUGGGACAGGUGCAAAAGGGGCAGGUAAUGGGCAUCCUCCAACUUCACCAUCUUCCUUACCGUCCAGUGGCAACACAAGUCCAGGAAUGUCUGCCCCUACCACUCCCUCCACCCUCGUCCAACGGACACGUACAGCUUCCCCUACCCUAACCACUGCCCAUUCGUCCCGCCCACUUAAACCUGCAUCACCUUCCUUACCUCGGGGACGUGUAUUGAGUCCAGGGAUGUGUCCUGCUCUGUCGACUCUCUCACCAGUUAUUACUCCCCCUUUAGCAACACAUGCCCGCCCACGGUCCCGCCCACAUUCUCCAGCAGUUAAUCCCAGCAUGCGGCAGCCACCCAGAGCAGAUGCUUCUUCUUAUGCCCCAAGUACUGAAAAUGUAGCGAAAACUAAUACGGCUAACAAAAGAUUAAGAAAAGAUGAGGAAGAUUCUAAUAGUGAUAUUCCCGUUGCCAAGCGACCUAGAAAUAAUGUAACCAAUGGUUUUGAUGAAGAUAGUAGAGAUAGUUUUUCUAGCGUAAUUAGCAAUGAUUGUACUUCUAAAAUUAAUAGUGGAGGUAGUGAAAGUAGUAAAACUCGACGAAUAGCAAAUGCACAUGCUGUUUCAAAGAGAAAACUAAAUAUUAAUGAAACUGCUCUUGCUACAAAUAUGCCAAACCUGCUUCAUCAAAAAAUGGCUGCCCUUCCAAUACCUACUAAAGCCUCCAAAGUGAAAACAACGUCACAAAUUGUUGCAGAACUUGCUGAACGAAAAGGUGAUAGUAAAUUAGCAGAAAGAGCAACAAAACUGGAAGAACAACAUGUGCGAGAAUUACCUGGACCUGGAGUAACACUUGGUAUGGGUAGAACGACUGAUAAUGCAGUUGUUACCCGUAAUAAAAUGGACCAUUUGCAGCGCUUCCUCAGUUCACAGCCAGGUCCUGCAUUUGAUGACUUUCAAGGUGUUGGUGAUGAGGACAGAGGUUCAGUAUCUUCAGAAAUAGAAGGCAAAGGAUCUACAAGUGCCCCAGUUUCCCCACCACGUGGCCCUACAGAUGUCCCUCCACCUAUCAUGACGCUGAGUAACCUUGAUCUCCUUGGUGUCAUGGCUCAUGAAACUGCUGAGGAGAUUUUGGCCCGCCUUCCUCCAAUUGACUCCUCUAGUAUUGUAUGGGAUGAUCCUGACGAACAAGUUUGUGAACAGGAGCAAGAACAAAGAGAUAGAAAGUGUAGUGGCUCUGAGCAUAGUGAAUCUGAAGAUGAAGUGGAAAAAUUAGUACGAAAAUCUGAGAAAGUUCUGCCAGAGGCAAUAAAUACACUUCAUACAACUAAUCUUGAUUGUCAGAAUGGUAAUUUUGAUGUGGAUGGUAAAUUCAGAGAGUGGCAUGAAGUAACUGUCAAAAAAAGCUACCAGGAUGAUCCUUUGAUAGUGUUGCCUUAUGUGAUAACUGACUUUUGAAACACAAACUACUGUAUUUACAAUGAAAAGUGGUGGCUAAGAAAUACUAAGAGGCUACCUAGUUACUAAAAAAAAAAAAUGUGGUUGUCAUUAACUUCAUUUUUCUCAUAUCAUAGAACCCAUGUUAGUCUGUUUCUUGUUAGUCUGUUUGUAUUUUCCGUGUGAUAUUUUUUUUUUUUUGGAUAGCCUUCCAAGUGUUGCUAUUUACGUUAAAAUAUAAUUUCAAGAGAAUGGCGUAUGUUGAUAUUGCUAACCUUGCUUUGUUGCUUCAAUUUUAUUUUGAAGACAACCUGAAAAAAUAUACAAGAAUUCUUAGGAUUAAGUAUAUACAGUGCCUAAAGAACCAAGUGAACCAAGCUUUUAGUUUCUUCUUGAAAAAUCUGUGAUGUGCAACCAGUCAUGUUUUAACAAUCAAUAUACACAUUUAUAAAUUUGUAUGCAAGUUGAUUUUUUGUGGUGACUAAAGUCUUGGCUCAGUGAUUUCUAUUCAUCUAUUAAUGAAGUCAGUACAGUUGCCUUCAGUAACUUUUCCAUAUCCUAAAUGAAAAUAGUAUACUUAUAUAUGUUUGAUCAAGUCAUUGAAGUAUAAACAUUCAGGACGUAACCUGAAUAUGGCAUUGUGUGGAAUGGCCAAAUCCAAAUAUAUGAUGUUCAUGUUUGCUAGUGAGGGUAGGAUAGUCAUAUGUGAACCUUAAGCCUUUUUUUGCUCAAAGGAAGUUGGAAAAAUUUUGUCUUCACUCAUAACCAUAUACAGUGGUACCUCGAAUAUUGGCCAAAAUUCGUUCCAGAAGGCUGUUCAAGUGCCUCUACCGAACGAAUUUGUUCCCAUGAGGAAUAAUGUAAAUUAGAUUAGUCUGUUUCAGACCCCCAAAAAUACACUUACGAAAGCACUUACAAAAAUACACUUGCAUAAUUGUUAGAGCUGGGAGCUGUUCAGAAUUCGAGGUACCACUAUAUAUAUUUCUUCUAUUUUUUUUUAACCACAUUGAUCAUUUCCCACUAGGGUUUGGGUAACCCAAAGAAGGAAACACAUUUAACAUCACUCGCUGAGUAAGUCUUGCCAGAAGCAUACAGACAUCACAAUUCAAAUAAAAUUAUAGUAAGGUUUUCCUGUUACAAUGAACAUUUUGACAGCAACAGUUUGAUAGUAUGUCUCAAAUGUACAAGCCCUUGUCAUAAUCAGUUGAAAACUGAUCCCAUGUUAUAAACUGUGAUAUUGAUUGAACUGUUAUUAUCUGUGUUGUUUUAAUGAAGAUACUAGUUGUACAUUCUUAGUUUUCAGGUGAAACAGUUUGGCACUUGUUAAUUCAGACAUUUCAUUCAUAAGACAAGGUUAUUGGCAAAAUUUAAAUUAUGGCUAUAUAUUACUCCUUAAAUUAUUGUUUAUGAAUGGGGCAUUAAUACAUAAAGAGGCAAGAGUAUGUUACUUAAAUAUCUCGCAAUUUUUGUGGGCAUCCAACUUGGCUUAUGGUUCACUCCUUCCCCACAAAUGCAAUGGAACUACUGUACACAUGAGCAUUAAGAAUAUUGUGCUUAAAUCUUGAUAACCAGGCCAGCAGUAUGUCCCAGUUUCUUUCUCUCUUUCUCUCUCUCUGUAGAAUAAGCUUUUAUGAACAGUAAUACACUAUUGUUCAAACAGGCAGCUGCAGAGAAUCUUUUAUCCUACUAUACAAAUUAUAUAUAUAUUUUCCAGAUCUGGCUGGUUGUCGUAUGUCUGUGAUGUAUGCACUUGUCUCAAUGGAAAGUCUGUUAUGCAGAAGUUGAAAAUGUAAUUAUGCUCAUGUAUAUUGUCUUUACAUGCCAAAGAAUCAAUCUACAUGAUCUGUACACAGGAACCUUUGUUUUAUAAGGAUAUUCUUCCCGUGACACAAUAGUUGCAUUCCUAUGCUGUGAAUUGAAGAAAAUGUUCUGUUCAAAUACAUUUCUAUGCUUCUUUGUUUGACCAGCUGCUGCCUUAGGUUGGUUUCUGGACAUUGCAAGUCAUAGAAUGGACGUGGGUUUUGAAAGUGCAGGAUAUUUUAAAGAUCAGAGAAUUCCUUUAUUAUAUAUUACAUAAAAAAAAAUUCUGUUCUUUCAAAUCCCAAAUAUACAUCUUUGUCAAGCAUAGAUUAAUAAUAGUGUUAAAAAUUUGAAACAUUGUGAAGUGUUGUCUAUGUUUACCUUCACACUUUUCCACAGGAUCUUUAUGAAGGUGAAUAUUGAGCAAUAUUGUUGAAAGUCAACUACUUGAUGGAAAUGUUACCUUUCUACCCUGUCUCAGAAGUUAAGAAAUAUUCCUAAGUUAUACUCCUGUGUGAUCUGACACAUUGACAUUCUAGAUAGCAAUGUAUAUACGAGACUUUAAUUAGAUGCAUAACAUGACCUGUACUAUGCAAAUAAGUAGACCAAUCCACUCCUCUCCCUUGCAUCUAACAGGUCCAUUAUCCUUCCUCCAAUUUGUGUUCAGUCAUUAUGGUAAGGAAAUUUGGAAAUUGCAUAUUUGUUAUUGUCAUUAAGGAUGAAUUCUUAUAGGUUUUGGCAAAACUUAUUCGCAGCAUUAUUAUUAGAUAUUGCCUUUCAUAUAUUCACAGUGGAGAAAUUAUGAAUCAGUCUUAAUGCUUAACCUUACUGCCAUAUUUUUGCCAUUUACUGAAUGUAUUAACUUCCACUUUCAGGAAAUUUAAAAUUAGUUUAAUUUAUCGUUCACUUCAAAAUUGACUAAACAUGAUUAGUGUAAGCCAAGCUUGGCUACAGACAGCUUGUUCAUUGUUAUAUAGACCACAGUACCCAGUUUUGUAAGGAUAUCUUGUAAACCAGUUACUGAAAUGAGACUGCAAAUGUCCAUUGCUACACCAUUAAAUAUUAUGAUGUUAUUUGAUGUUUUAUAAUUUAUAGUUUUGUUGAAAAGAAUACUAUGGAUUCAUUCCUAUGAGAAUACAAGAAAAGUCCAAUAAAUUGAUAACACUG